AUGGAAACCUUUGGGAUGAUUGAAGCCAUGAGAUGUAAAAGUAGGUUUUCUUCCGGGGACUAUGUGGGCUAUAAGAACUAUCUUAGGGCUCAAAUGAGGAGGCCAGGCCAGAAAGGGGAAGAAAGGAUGCUAUGUAAACUUGAGUCGAAUCUAUCUAAGUUCUUCAUUUUCAACUCUGUGGGGUUUUUAAAGAGUAACCUGAGAAUACUUAGGAAAAACGAGUCUGAGUUUGGGACUAUGUAUAGCAAUCUUGUGAAAGGUAUUAUGGGAAAAGGGGUCGAAGUCAACACCCUUCUAGAACUCAGGAAGAAGCUCAUGCCAUGCAGGACAUUUGUAAAUCAAGUUGACGCAUUGCUUGAGUCCCCUCCAUACAACUUUGAUGUUUCAUCCUUGAAGGUUAGACACAUGUGGAAUGACAUCCCAAUUGGAUUUAACAGUAGUUUUGAAAAAGACCAGUUCCUGGAGGGGAAGGCGCCCCAAGGCGUUGGAUACGAUGCAGAUAUUUCAAGAGCCAUACUGAAGGUGGAGAAUAAAAAGAUGAGGCUGAUAUCUCUCAUCAAGACCAAGCCUGGCAAGAUUAUAUGCAUCAACAAGAAAGUGGAGGAACUCUUAAGGGCACUUUAUGGAUUAAAGACUGUUCUGAACGAGAAUUUAAUUGAAUCUAGUCAUACUGAGAAAUUAAUAAAGGAUACGGAGGAGCUGAGGAUGUACUGCUUUAAUAUCAUGGAAUUUAUGAAGUGCUUGAAGUGGGAUGAUUCCAUAGAUACAUUUAGAGUCCCCUCAUCGUUUAAAACGGUCGACCUUCAGAUAUUAAGGAUGAGGGAAGACUUGUCUUAUAUUCCAAGAAAAUGUUCUAGAAACGUAAUCACUAAGUAUUUGGAAGAGCUUCUCAGGCCCAAAAAGCCUAUUAUAAAGGUUCCAUUCAUACCUGUGUUAUUCGAUAUAGCAAGGGAUUACAUAUCAUACCCUGCUGAAGACAGAAAAAUGUCUGAAUUGUUCAAGAAACUUCAUAUUCAAAAUGAUUAA